GUCUUCCGCACCCACUAAUAAAUUCCCCCCUCAAGUCAUUCCGAUAUACUGUAGUAGACACGGUCCGUCCAUCGGAAUCAUCCUCGUACUCCCGUACAUAACAUGGUUAUUUUCUCCACGUCUUCUUACCUCCUUCUACAGUCCUUUUAAUUUUUCCUCUGACAUCCACGCCUUUUGCAGGUUGCUAUCUCGCGAUUUUCGCCCUCUGGCUACUCCGCCGCGUUCGGUAUAGCUGCUGCAUCAUCUUUAAUUUCGUGGUGGUGAGCUGGAAAAUGUUUUAUUCUUGACCCAAAAACGGUCCAACCCUGGAAAUUCGACACAAUCAUAUCAACAUGGAGCGAAAGGACAGCGUGGGUCAGACUCAGCCGGGCAUCGAGCUCCGUAACAACACAGACACAGAAGCAAAUGUCGGCCUCGGCGAUUUCGAAAAGGUCGAGCCCACCGCGUCGAUAGGUGCGUCUCUGGCGCCCACCGAGACAAACCAGUACGGCUCUCGACCAGAAUGUUUUAGCAACCUACUCGAGGAGUGCAUGUUUGUUCUGACCACGACCGUCGCCGUGGGUCAAUCGUCCAUCUUCUCGGGCGCCAUCUUGUGCAUGACCAACACAAUAGGCGAGGACUUGAACAUGACGGCCGCAGAAGUCACCUGGAUCAGUGCGGCACAAUACCUGGCGGCGGGCUCAUUCCUGCUUUUCUUCGGACGCGUCGCCGAUCUCUUCGGCAGGAGACUGUUGUUUCUACUCAGUUUGGGUUUCUUUACCGUCUGCCUGCUCGUCAUCGGCUUUGCCACGAAUGCCAUGUACCUGGACAUUUUUUGCGGUCUGCUUGGCCUGAGUUCGGCCGCGUCCGUACCACCAGCCAUUGGAAAACUAGGCGCCGUGUACAACAAGCCUUCCCGACGCAAGAAUCGGGCCUUUGCGUGUUUCAGUGCAGGGAACCCUGUCGGCUUCGUGCUGGGGGCGUUUAUCUCCGGCAUCGUCAUGACCGUCUCGACGUGGCGAGCCGCGUUCUGGGUCAUCGCCGUCAUCUACGCCUUCUUCACCUUUGUUGCGUGGUGGACCACGCCGCCUGACAACGAACAGACCUUGGGCGGUUUCAACAUGGCGACCUUCGUCAAGUUUGAUUUGCUCGGGGCUAUCCUGGCGAUUGCCGGAGUCGCCAUGUUCACGGCAUCUCUGAGUUUGGCAGCCGAUGCACCGAAUGGCUGGCAAACACCUUAUGUGAUUGCACUGCUGAUCGUCGGUGCUGUUUUGGUUCUUGGUUUUGUUUACUGGCAAAGCGUCUUCCGGUACCCCCUGAUGCCCCUGGCUGUCUGGAAAGACAAGAAUUUUAGCCUUGUUGUGAUGGUACUGCUUCUCGGAUUCUACGGUUUCACUGGCAACCUGUUCUGGUUGAGUCUCAUGUGGCAACGGAUCUAUCAUGUGCAACCCAUCAUGGUUGCCGUGCGACUUCUUCCUGCUGGCAUUGGUGGCAUUCUGGUUAACGUUCUGGCUGCGGUGAUUAUGCACCGCGUCAGCAACAAGCUGAUCAUGGUGGUGGGAGCCAUCAGCCAAGUCAUUGCUUGUGCCUUGUUGAGUGCCACGUCGACAUCCAUUUCCUACUGGGCCCUCACCUUCCCGGCACUGCUCUUCAGCGUCUUGUCACAGGAUCUGGAGUUCACAGUGACAAACAUGUAUGUCAUGUCAAGUCUGCCGAGCGAGCAACAGUCUGUCGCGGGAGGUUUGAUCAACACGGUGAUUCGGCUUGGGGCGACUGUUGGACUGGGCGUUCAGACGAGCAUAUACAACAGCGCCGGAGGUUCAGCACAAGGCGCCGAUGCCCUGAAAUACAGACCCUAUCAGACUACAUUCUGGGUCGCCUUGGUCGGAGCUGCUGCGGGUAUAUUCCUGGUGCCUUUCCUCACCAUUGGACGACAAGGUGUUAGGAAAUAAGUUGAGAUGGAAUCAAGGAAAGAGCCUGCUGUAAGAUAAGAGUUGACGGCGAAGUCCCCCAUUUGUGAAAUUAUAUAUAAAUUUACAUGAGCAAUCCAUUUUCUUGCUUGGCCGAUCAGAGAGGCGACAAAUAGUAAAACAUUUAC